AUGGACCCAGGAAACUAUACAGGAAUUUCAGAGUUCUUUCUUCUGGGAAUUUCAGAGGAACCAGAAGUGCAGCCCCUCAUAUUUGGGCUUUUCCUCUCCAUGUACCUGAUCACUGUGUUUGGAAACCUGCUCAUCAUCCUGGCUGUCAGCUCUGACUCCCACCUCCGCACCCCCAUGUACUUCUUCCUGGCCAACCUGUCGUUUGUAGACAUCUGUUUCACCUCCACCACCGUCCCCAAGAUGCUGUGGAACAUCCAGACUCAGAGCAAAGUCAUAUCGUAUGAAGGCUGCCUCACUCAGAUAUACUUUUUCAUACUCUUUCUUGGAUUGGAUGCCUUUCUCCUGGCUGUGAUGGCCUAUGACCGUUUAGUGGCCAUCUGUCACCCUCUACACUACAUGGUCCUCAUGAAGCCCCAGGUCUGUGCACUGCUGGUUCUGGUGUCCUGGAUCAUGAACAUCCUGAAUUCCUUGUUACAAAGUUUAAUGAUGUUACGGCUGUCCUUCUGUACACACUUCCACAUCCCCCACUUUUUCUGUGAACUCAAUCAGAUGAUAGAACUUGCAUGUUCUGACACCUUUCUCAAUAACAUGGUGAUGGGUUUUGCAGCUAUGUUGCUAGGAGGUGGUACGUUCGUUGGGAUUAUUUACUCUUACUCUAAAAUAGUUUUCUCCAUACGUGGGAUCUCAACAGCUCAGGGCAAGUAUAAAGCAUUUUCCACCUGUGCAUCUCACCUCUCAGUUGUCCUCUUAUUUUUUUGUACGAGCCUAGGAGUGUACCUUAGCUCUGCUGCUCCCCAGAGCUCCCACGCAAGUGCAGUGGCCUCGGUGAUGUACAUGGUGGUCACGCCCAUGCUGAACCCCUUCAUCUACAGCCUGAGGAACAGAGACGUAAAAGAGGCUCUGAGGAAAUUCUCUGGGAUGGCAGCUCUUAAAGGUCCAAUCUUCCUGGGGCUGAAGAAGUGUCCACGAUUGCAGGGCCCAAAGGCUGAGCCAAAUGUUGAGAUACUUUGA